AUGAUUGACACAAACAUUGUGCCCUCCAGACAGAAACCUGUCAGACGCCUCAUCCACUUAUGGAAGAAAGCCAACACAACGAAGAUGGCAGAAGACCUUGACAGUGACCUGGCACACCUUGAUGGCUCCACACAUGACACCCCCAUAAACGACCUCUGGAUCACCUUCAAGACAGUCUGCCUCAACACCAUUAGGAAGCACGUACCAACCAAGUGGACUUCAAGUAGAUUUAACCAACCAUGGUGUAACAGAAAGAUCAAGCAACUGUCAAGACAAAAACGAAGAGCCUACAACACAUAUAAAAGAUCAGGCAAGGAUAAGGAUCGUCAGAGAUACAGACCCCUGCAGAAAUCAACCCAACAUGAAUGUAAGAGUGCCUAUAACUCAUACGUAUCAGACAUGGUGCAGGAGGAUUCCAACAGUAAGAAACUCUACUCCUUCAUUAAGAGUAAGAAGUGCGACAGUGCUGGGAUUGCUCCUCUACUAUCUGAUGGGAACCUUCAUGGAGAUCCAGAAACAAUAGCCUCUCUUCUGAACCAACAAUUUUCGUCAGUGUUCACCACAGAGGAUACAUCCGAUAUCCCACCCCUAGGCACUAGUUCCACCCCAUCGGCACCUGAUAUCAGGAUCACAGAGGCGCAUCCAUUGACCAAGGUCAAACACUUGAGGACUGGAAAACUGCCCGUGAAUGUCUCGCCUAUAUUCAAGAAGGGUGAUAAGAGUAAGCCUGCAAACUAUCGUCCUGUGUCCCUGACCUCUAUGUGUUGCAAGGUAAUAGAGCACAUCAUCCACAGCCACCUGAUGAAUUUCUUCGAGCAUCACAGUAUCCUAACCGACUACCAGCAUGGGUUCAGGAAGAAGCGAUCCUGUGAGUCCCAACUAAUAACAACAAUCCAGGACCUCGCCCUGAGUAUUGAAAACAACACCCAGGUUGAUGCAGUGCUACUGGACUUUUCCAAAGUAUUUGACAAGGUCCCACAUGAGAGAUUGCUAGCCAAACUAGACCACUACGGAGUACGAGGCAACCUACUCAAUUGGAUCAGGAGUUUCUUAUCUGGACGAACGCAGAAAGUAUUGGUCGAGGGCCAUUUCUCACCAACCGCACUGGUUACAUCUGGAGUGCCCCAAGGAACGGUCCUCGGCCCAUUGCUAUUGGCAUACAUAAACGAUCUACCCUCCAGAGUGAGGCCCAAGGCCAGGUUAUUUGCGGACGACUGCCUUCUGUACAGGACCAUCACUACAGAGGCUGAUGCCAGACUACACCAGAUGGACCUUGACAACCUCCAAGAUUGGGAAAUAGACUGGAUAAUGCAUUUCAACCCAGACAAGUGCGAGGUUAUCCGAAUCACCACCAAACGGAAGCAACGCAUUACCCCAUAUUACAUCCAUGGGAAGGAGUUAGCCACUACCACCAAGGCCAAGUACCUAGGGGUCAACAUCUCCAACAACCUAUCGUGGAACCAUCAUAUUGAUAGUGUAUGCAAGAAGGCAAACAACACCACUGCCUUCUUAAGGAGGAACCUCUCGUCCUGUCCCAGUAACAUAAAGGACAAGUGUUACAAGACAUUGGUCAGACCCCAGGUAGAAUAUGCAUCCACCGUCUGGGACCCUCACACAAAGAAAAACAUUGACAAACUAGAAGCUGUGCAAAGAAGGGCAGCUAGGUUCGUGACCAAUAACUACAACACCACCAGUAGUGUCACAACGAUGAUUGACAGGCUAGAAUGGGAAAGUCUACAACAACGCAGAAUUAAAGCAAAGGCUAUUAUGAUGUACCGUGUCAUCCAUUCCCUUGUUGCCAUAGACCUGCCUCCCCAAUUCAGCCAAACAGGAGCAGCCACAAGGGGACACCAACAGCGGUACAGGAUCCCAUUCUGCCGUACCAACGUCUACAAGGAAUCGUUCUUUCCUACUACCAUCAGGAUAUGGAACCAGCUGCCAGAAGACACCAUCACAGCCAUAUCCCUGGAGUCCUUUAAGACCAGGAUUCAGGGAUACAAAGCACCAUAA